CUGUGCUGGGGUUUGGAGUGGGAUUGCCCAAUGUGCUUUUAGGGGUGGAGAUUUUUCUGGGAUUCAGUGGGAUGCCAAAAACUUUCAGAAUUGCUCUGAUCACUGUGGCCCUUAUGAGUUUUUCCUUCAUCUUUUAAUCAUAAAUGGUGCAGAUAGUCCGGAGGCCCAUGGGAUUCUCAGACGGCAGAAUGAAUGACUGGCACAGGGUCUUUGCCCAAAACGCGCUCGUCCCACCGCAUCCGCACAGAGCACGCCAGCUUCUGAAGGAAUCCACAGCAUUCCAGUGUGUCCUGAAGUGGCUUGAUGGGCUGAUAAUUAAGCAGGGUAUGCUGGAGGCGCUGUCAGAAGUUGGAUGUCAUCUGCGGGUGUCUUUCUUUGAUGUCACCUACCGGCACUUCUUCGGGAGGACGUGGAAAACUGCAGUGAAGCCGAUGGAGCAGCUCUCGAGGCCACUGCCCAGGGUUGUCUUCAAUGAGCCCCUGUAUUUUCACACGUCCUUAAACCACCCUACUAUUGUGGCUGUGGUGGAAGUGGUCGCCGAGGGCAAGAAACGGGAUGGGACCCUCCAGACACUGUCAUGCGGGUUUGGGAUUCUUCGGAUCUUCAGCAACAAUUUGGAAUCUCCUACCUCUGCUUCCCAGGACAAACGGUUGCGGCUGUACCACGGCACCCCCAGAGCCCUCCUGCACCCGCUUCUCCAGGACCCUGCAGAGCAAAACAGACACAUGACCCUCAUUGAGAACUGCAGUCUGCAGUACACCCUGAAACCGCACCCGGCCCUGGAGCCCGCCUUCCACCUUCUUCCCGAGAACCUCUUGGUGUCCGGCCUGCAGCACGUUCCUGGCCUGCUUCCAGCUCACGGAGACACAGGUGACGCCCUCCGGAAGCCUCGCCUUCAGAAGCCUGUCACAUGGUACUUGGACAAUUUAUUCUUCACCCUGUACCCUUCCCUUGAGAAAUUUGAGGAGGAACUUCUAGAGCUCAUUGUCAGCGACCACUUCCAGGAGACGCGCGGCCCGCUGGAGAUCCUGGAGCGGCGCCUGCACGUAGGCGUGCACAACGGCCUGGGCUUUGUGCAGAGGCCGCAGGUGGUCGUGCUGGUGCCUGAGAUGGACGUGGCCUUGACGCGCUCAGCCAGCUUCAGCAGGAAAGUGGUCUCCUCUUCAAAGAGCAGCUCUGGAAACCAAGCUCUAGUCUUGAGAAGCCGCCUCCGACUCCCUGAGAUGGUCAGUCACCCAGCGUUUGCAAUCGUCUUCCAGUUGGAGUACGUGUUCAACGGUCCUUCUGGAGGGGACAGCAACGCAGCCUCGGUCACCUCCCUGUCCAGCUUGGCAUGUAUGUUCGUGGUUCGUUGGGCUGUUUGGAACCCCUUGCCGGAAGCCAGUUCUGGGAGGGUGACCUUGCCUCUUCAGGGUGGGGUCCAGCCCAACCCCUCGCACUGCCUGGUCUAUAAGGUACCCUCAGCCAUCAUGAGCUCCGAAGAGGUGAAGCAGGUGGAGUCGGGAACAGUCCACUUCCAGUUCUCGCUGGGCUCAGAGGAGCACCUGGACUCACCCACAGAGCACGUCAGCAGCCCCACCGCCCAGCGACAGCCAGCCAGGAAACCACCCAGGUCUCCUUCAAGCCCGCCAGCAUCAGCACCCCAGGCCCUCGCUGUCACUCAGGACUCACCUGUGGGACCAGGGCUGUCACUUUCCCAGCUGGCCGCUUCCCCACUGUCUCCGGCUCAGAGCUGCCCAGCCAGACCCGCCUCCCCGUCGCCAGAAGGCUCUCCGCGCCCCAUGGCCCAGGUGGAAUUUCCCUUGGAGGGCGGGGUGUCUCACCUGGAAGCCGACCUGAGCCAGCCUUCUGUGGUCCUGGAAACAUCCGUGGCUGAGCAGUUACAGGAGCUGCCUUUCACACCUCUGCACGCCCCUAUUGUCGUGGGCGCCCAGACCCGGAGUUUGGGGAGUCAGCUCUCAAGAGCCUCCAUGGCGCUCCUGCAGUCUUCUGGCUUCCCUGAGAUUCUGGAUGCCAGCAAGCAACCUGUGGAAGCCGUGAGCCCUGCAGAUCCCGUGACCUUUAACCCUCAAAAGGAGGAAUCAGACUGUCUGCAAAGCAACGAAAUAGUGCUCCAGUUUCUUGCCUUUAGCAGAGUGGCCCAGGACCCCCGAGGAACGGCAUGGCCAAAGACUGUGUAUUUCACCUUCCAGUUCUAUCGCUUCCCACCCGUGACAACACCACGGCUGCAGCUGGUCAAGCUGGGCGAGCCUCGGGACACCGGCUCUGGCUCCCUGUCCCAUAUCCUCGUCCCCAUCGACAAAGAUGGCUCCUUUGACACUGGCUCCCCCGGCCUCCAGCUGAGGUACAUGGUAGACGCCGCCUUCCUGAAGCCCGGCGAGCGGCACUGGUUCCUCCGCUACCUGGCCGCGCAGACGCUGCAGAUGGAUGUCUGGGAUGGGGACUCCUUGCUUCUCCUUGGGUCUGCCGCUGUCCAGAUGAAGCAUCUCCUCCGCCAGGGGCGGCCAGCCGUGCAGGUCUCGCAGGAGCUCGAGGUUGUGAUGACCGAGUAUGAGUGGGACAACGCGGCGGUGAGUGGAGACGUGACCGGGUUUGGCAGCGUCAAGCCCAUCGGUGUCCGCUCGGUGGUGAAGGGCCAGCUGUACCUGACCUUGGCCAAUGUGGGUCACUUGUGUGAACAGAAAGUGAGAAAUUCUGGCUCCUUGCCACCAUCCAGAUCACGUGUCAUCUCAAAUGACGGGACCAGCCGCUUCCCCGGAGGCAGCCUCCUCACCAGUGGAAUCUCAAGACGUGGGAAAAACGUGGUCCAAGCGCAGAAGCUGGCUGAUGUGGACAGUGAGCUGGCGGCCAUGCUGCUGACCCACAGCCGGGGGAGCAAGGGGCCCCCGGGCGCUGGCCGCGAGCUGGACGCCGUCCGCAGGCGCAAGCUGGAGCGGAUGCGGUCAGUGAGGCUGCAGGAGGCCAGCGGAGAACGCGGCUGGCACCAGGCGAGCACACUGGCUCAGCAUAGUGUCCGUGCCCAGCACCUGCGGGACCUGCAGGUCAUCGCUGCCUAUCGGGAGCGUGCCAAGGCCGACAGCAUCACCAGUGCUCUGAGCCUGGCCAUCACCACGCAGCACACGCUCUACGCCUCGCUGGGUACCGCCGAGUUCUUUGAAUUUGCCCUCAGGAACCCCCACAACACGCAGCACACAGUGACGGUAGAGAUUGACAACCCUGAGCUCAGCGUCGUCGUGGACAGUCGAGAGUGGAGGCACCUGAAGGAUGCUGCUGGCCUGCACACGCCGGUGGAGGAGGACAUGUUCCACGUGCGCAGCGGCAUGGCUCCCCAGCUCUUCCUGCGCCCCCGGGAGACCGCCCACAUCCCCUUCAAGUUCCAGAGCUUCUCCAUGGGGCUACCGGCCUCAGCACAGGCCUCUGCCGAGCUGAGCUCUGAGAAGGGCACAGAUGCCGCACCACCAUGGAAGUCCAGUGCACUGCCCACGAAGUGUGCCAAGGUCCUGUUCCGAGUGAGCGGCGGCAAGCCCAUCGCUGUGCUCUGCCUGACCGUGGAGCCCCAGCCCCACGUGGUGGACCAGACCUUUCGCUUCUAUCACCCAGAGCUCACGUUCCUGAAGAAGGCCAUCCGCCUGCCUCCCUGGCACACGCUUCCAGGUGCGCGGGCAGGAAUGCCUGGUGAGCAGCCCCCAGUGCACGUGCGAUGUAGUGACCCAAACGUCAUUUGUGAGACCCAGAACGUGGGCCCCGAGGAACCGCGAGAUGUGUUUCUGAAGGUGGCUAGUGGUCCCAGCCCGGAGGUCAAAGACUUCUUUGUUUUCAUCUAUUCGGACCGCUGGCUGGUGGCGCCUGUGCAGACAUGGCAGGUCUAUCUACACUCACUGCAACGCGUGGACAUCUCCUGUGUCACCGGCCAGCUGACCCGUCUGUCUCUUGUCCUUCGGGGGAUGCAGACGGUGAGGAAAGUGAGAGCUUUCACCUCACACCCCCAGGAGCUGAAGACGGACCCCAAAGGGGUCUUUGUGCUGGCACCUCGUGGGCUGCAGGACCUGCACGUCAGCGUGAGGCCCCUCAGGGCGGGCAGCCGCUUCGUCCACCUCAACCUGGUCGAUGUGGACUGCCACCAGCUGGUGUGCUCGUGGCUCGUGUGCCUCUCCUGCCGCCAGCCGCUCAUUUCCAAGGCCUUUGAGAUCACGUUGUUUGUGGGUGAAAAGAAAGGCACCAACAAGCUCAUCACCUACACCAACCCCUACCCCUCCCGGAGGACGUACCACCUGCAUAGCGACCGCCCCGACCUGCUGCGGUUCCGGGAGGAGUCCUUCCAGGUCGGAGGAGGAGAGACCUACACGAUCGGCCUGCGGUUUGCCCCUGGCCAGAGCGUGGGGGAGGAGGAGAUUCUCAUUUACAUCAAUGACCAUGAGGACAAGAACGAGGAGACAUUCUGUGUGAAGGUCGUCUACCAGUGAGGGGGGGUGCUGCCUCUGCCCACGUGCCUGCACUAGCUCUGUGGCCUGUCCUCCCACGGCUUCAGUGGACCUCCCAGAUGACCUGUGAACUUGGCUGAGGGAGCAGAGCUCCCAUCCCUGUGAAACGCCUCUGUCCAGUUGAGUUACUGACACCCACCGAGGCCAGUGUGUGCCUGACUCUGGUGGUGGUGCUGGCUCAGACGCAGCCUUUCCCAUGGCACACACGAGGCCUGGGUCAUCUCCUUCUGUAACUUUGUUUUGAUUCGCUUUUAGCAAAAUGUGUUUUAUGAAUUAUCCCAAAUGAUAAAAUUAUGUU